CAUUGAUGUUCCAUUUAUUUUCUUUUCCCUUUUUUCCCUUUCUUUCACCCCCUUUAUUUUUUUUCCCUCUCUUUUUUUGUUGUUUUUUUUGGCUGAUUUCCUUAGUGGAUUGAAUUGUUCUGUUGUAUUGUGUGCUUGUUUAGAGUAUAUCAAUGGCUCAUCCUCCCCUCAGUAUUGCACAGGAGCCCAUGAAAUCACGGAAACGGUCUUGGACACGGUGCGUUAAAUGCCAUGUCAAUUUCCGACCAUUACUGUGGGGUCAUGAAAACGGCCAAGGCCCGGUAUGCGAUAAUUGUGACGAAGUCGAUAAUCUAAAGGUAGUACGACCCCGUGAUCCCACCUCCAACGAUGAGUCACCGGACUUGGUGGAUGAUAACAAAUCACUGGAAACAUCCAACCUCGCUUCUUGCUCGCUCAUCAAAGGUACCGCUGCGACGAAUACGCACGAUGAUGGAACUGUAUGUGCCAAUUGUCACACCACUACCACGCCAUUGUGGCGUCGAGAUGCGGCGGGAAAAACCAUUUGCAACGCUUGUGGUCUUUAUUACAAACUGCACCGUAUCCAUCGUCCGGCCACCAUGAUGCGUACAGUAAUCAAACGUCGCAAACGUUGUUCCUCCUCUGAUAAGACGAAACUCGAUGAAAAACGAUCAAAACCGUCAAGGACCUCGCCAUUUAUCGAAAGACGUAUCAAUUUCGAUGACUCAUGCAGUGUUAUCAGCAGUGGAAGCGAAACCCAAAGCGAAGUCUUGGCUGAUCCACCGUGUUCUCCUCUUGUCGCCGGUUUUCGGCAUUCUUCACCUACCAUGACAUCGACCAAGCCAAGCUACCCUUCCCUACCUUCCUUCCGCGAAAACCUUACCUUACCUCCCAUCCACACGUAUCAGCACCCUAUCUAUAGUAGUCAUGAACACCCGAUUCACGCUUGUUCCAAUACCAUGGCAGCGCUACGUACGCAACGCAACGAACUUCAGCGUGAAGUGACCCGAUUAACGUCUUUAUUAUCGGAUACCGUAAAUUUAUUAUCGAAAAUUGAUGCGGCUAUGGCCAAUCCGAAUCCUCACAGUAAUGAUGGCGAAUGUGGCCUGUGCCCUCCCUCACCACCUACAGAUCAACAGCAAGAGCAUCAGGUCGCACGAUCCCUUCUUUCACUCGCUUCUUCCCCACCGCAUCAAUCUCCUUCAGUUCAAGAUCAUCGUCGUUUACCGCCCAUCUCUGUCUCCCUUGGAUCCCAACACCAUCCAUCAUCGUCGACUUCGUCUACAUCGAUGGUCUUACCUUUCCGUCAUUAAGCUCGUGCCGGUACCUUAUUCACUCCUUAUUUUUUUCUUCUUUUUUAGUGACUCCUCCCUCCUAUACCUGCAUCCUCUGCAUUGCUUAAUUUUUUUUUGUCUUCUUUGUUUGCCUUUUUUUCCCACAUCAUUAUACAUUUCUUUCAUAUACAGAAUAAUGAAUUAGUCUUCUGAGCAUCUUUACUAAAGAAAAUAGCAUUUGAUCCAUU